AUGGCCGCGGCCCGCCCGCUGCUCAACGUGCUGACGCCGCCUCUCAUGAAGUUCCUCGUGCCGAGAGCGUGUGCCAAGAAGGCGGUGGACCCACUCCAGGGGUGGUUCUUGGAGUUUGUCAACAAGUACAAGCUGUGGUAUCUCGGCUGGCAGGGAGCCGUGCCCGUCUUCCACAACGCCACGGGCGAGUUCGUGGCGGCGUUCGCCACCUCGGGGGCCACGGGCGACCAGGACGAGGGCGCCAUCGACAUCGGCCUCGCCGCCGCGGGCCUGAAGCGGGUGGGCGCCCGCUGGCUGUGGUCCAGCCGGGAGGAGGUCGCGGCAGAGGCCAGCAGGCUCUUCGACAUCCAGGAGCGGAAGGUGAAGGCCGGCAAGGACAUGCCGCUGGUCGGGGUCGGCGGCCCGUUCACUGACACCAGGGUAGGGAACCUGGUCGACUGGGGGCUCGUGGACGAGAUCGGCGGGGCCCUGUCCGUCAUGGUCACGAUGAGGAUGGACGAGCUCAACCUGUGGGCGCGCGUGUUCGACUUCUCUCCGAGGCCAGACUACGAUAGCAUUACGGUGGGCAACAACCAGCUCGGGUUCGACCUCUAUUUUGCCAUCCGCCGGGGCUCCGAGCAGGCGGUGGUGGUCGUGCAGGAUUUCUUCAAGCUGGGUGAGGAGGUGACCGCCCUGUUCUCGGUCAACGAGGACGGGCACAUGAAAGUCUGGGCGGACGGCGAGCUGGUCGGAGAGCACCCCGCAGGGCAUACUCCACGAUUUGUCCCGAGGAGCCACCUCACCAUCGCAGGCCACCACGCGUACGGAGAGCAGGGUUUCAAGGGCAUGAUCGAGCAUGUGAAGGUCUGGAACAAGGAGGUCUCCUGGGAGGUGGCCGCCAACACCGAGCCCAAGCCGCUGCGGUACGCCUUCCUGGACCCCGACGCGGCGAAGCCCAAGCCGAAGCCCAAGCCGAGGCCCAAAGCGAAGCCAGAGGGGAAGUCCGGCAAGGCUGCUGCGAAGCAAGCGGCUGGCAAGGGCCGCGGCUGA